UAUUGUCUCCACCGUAAACCGUAAUUGCAUUGCAUAGGUUAACUCCGGUUAACCAGCAAGCAUUACCUUUUCUAAAAAAUUUAUUUGUGUUAAAAUCAACUAAAGUGUAAAUUAAUAAAAUAAUAAAAACUACAAUUUUCAACAUGUCGACGGAUUUCUACAUUCGGUACUACGUUGGACACAAGGGAAAGUUCGGGCACGAGUUCCUCGAGUUUGAGUUCCGUCCUGAUGGCAAGCUGCGCUAUGCCAACAACUCGAAUUACAAGAACGACACGAUGAUCCGGAAGGAAGCUUACGUGCAUCAGUGCGUGAUGGAGGAGCUCAAGAGAAUCAUCCAGGACUCCGAGAUAAUGCAGGAAGACGACUCGCUCUGGCCCCAGCCGGACAGAGUCGGCAGACAGGAGCUUGAAAUCGUGAUCGGAGACGAGCACAUUUCUUUCACCACCUCCAAGACCGGUUCUCUGCUAGACGUAAACCAGUCUCGAGACCCUGAAGGACUCCGAUGCUUCUACUACCUCGUCCAGGAUCUCAAGUGCCUCGUCUUCUCGCUCAUUGGACUCCAUUUCAAGAUCAAGCCUAUAUAAAAAAUUUGUUUUUCUUUUUUGUAUUUUUCCCAAACUAUUUAAUAAAAUUCAAUUUCUGGAACAAA